AUGGUGGGCGGAAGAGCCGUGUGCUUGGCGAUGCUGGUGCUGGUUGUGUCGCCGGCGGUGUCCUCUGACGGCGAGGCUGCGACGUCCGCCGGCGGCGGCGGCCAGCAGCCGGUGGCUACAGGGCGGCAGCAGCAGCAGCCGGACACGAACGUGCUGUGCGUGAGCAAGUGCGGGACGUGCCCGGCGGUGUGCUCGGCGCCCCCGCCGCCCGCGUCGUCGUCGUCGUCGGACGCCGGGGACAGCACCGCGCCGCCGAAGUCCGGAAGCGGGUACCCACCGCCGUCGCCGAAGAGUGGCGGGGGAUAUAGCUCGCUGUCGCCUCCGGCGGGGCAGAGCAAGGGAGCUGGUGGGCGGCCCAGCAACUACUACUACUUGUUCACCUCCGCGGCGGGCGGGCGGACACGUGGCAGCGGCGGGGCGACCGCCUUGUACGCGUCGGGCCUCGUGGCGCUCGUCGCCGCUGGCUUGCAGUGA